AUGUUGGGCAACAAGCUUACCCUUCACGACCUUACUGAGAAAGAUAUCGCCGGCAAGCGUGUCGUUAUGCGUGUCGACUUCAACGUCCCAUUCGGCAAGGACGGCAAGAUCGCUAACAACCAGAGAAUUGAGGCUACAAUUCCAACAAUCAAGGAAGUUUUCGCCAAGGGCGCUAACUCCAUCACACUCCUUUCCCACCUCGGCCGUCCAAAUGGUCAGGUUACAAAGGAAACACUCGCCCCAGUUGCUCAGCGCCUUGAGGAACUCAUCGGCAUGAAGGUUACCUUCGUCAAGGACUGCGUUGGCCCAGAAGUCCACGCCGUCUGCGAUCACCCAGCUAAGGGCUCCCUCAUCCUCCUCGAGAACGUCAGAUUCCACUACGAAGAAGAAGGCGCUCGCGUCAACAAGGAUGGCUCAAAGGUCAAGCCAACAAAGGAAGAACUCGAGAAGUUCUACGCCGAACUCACAUCCCUCGGUGAUCUCUACAUCAAUGAUGCCUUCGGCACAGCUCACCGUGGCCACGCUUCCAUGGCUCACGUCAACCUUCCAAUCCGUGCUGCUGGUAACCUCAUCAAGAAGGAACUCGAUGCUUUCGUUCCAGUUCUUGAGAAGCCAGUCCGCCCACUCCUCUCCAUCCUUGGUGGUGGCAAGGUUACAGAUAAGAUCAAACUUAUUGAGAACCUCCUCGACAAGGUCGAUGAGAUGAUCAUCACAGGUGGUAUGGCCUUCACAUUCCUCAAGGUCUCCCAGAACGUCCAGAUUGGCAAGUCCAUCUUCGAUGAGGAAGGCGCUAAGAUUGUCAACCAACUCCUCGAGAAGGCUAAGGCUAAGAACGUUAAGAUCCACCUUCCAUCCGAUUUCAAGAUCGCUGAUGCUUUCAAGGCUGAUGCUAACACAAAGAUUGUUACACUCGAAGAGGGCAUCCCAGAGGGCUGGAUGGGUCUCGAUAUCGGUCCAAAGACAAUCAAGGAAUUCCAGGAGACAGUUCUCCGCGCUAAGACACUCGUUUGGAACGGCCCAGCUGGUGUUUAUGAGUUCGAGGCUUUCCAGGCUGGUACACGCGGCAUCCUUGAUGCUGUUGCUCAAGCUACAGCUAAUGGUGCUCUCACAGUUAUCGGUGGUGGUGACUGCGCUGCCUGCGCCAUGAAGUGGGGCUACACAGAGAAGAUCUCCCACAUCUCAACAGGUGGUGGUGCUUCCCUUGAACUCCUCGAAGGCCGCCCAAUGCCAGGCCUCCUUGCCCUUUCCGACAAGCAGUAA